AGGAAUUGGAAUCACUGGUUUUUGACAUCACUGUUGAGCUCUCAGGCUAAAGUCAAUAGAAUGAAGUAGAAACAUUUGUGUUCAGUAGUUUUCUAUAGAUGCAUACAGUAUAGCAGAGCAGUAAAUAUUGAACCUUUUACAAAUGAUUUAACUGCUGCUUUAGAGUAAAAGACGUGUCAUGUAAAUGUGACCUGAUUGCUCUGUUCAAAUGUAACCAUUCAAAUAUAUUAUGUUUUCUUUCAAACCCAGGUGUCUCCAGAACGUACGUCACAGAGGGGGAAGAUGCCGUCCUUCACUGUUCUUCAGUAGAAAGCCUUGAGAACACGGUGGUAGACUGGAAGAACCAAAAUAAAGAAGUGUUCCUCUAUGACGGAGGCUGGCACUACGAGAACGGUCUGUGCUGUCAAGAUGAGCAGUACAUGGGACGAGCGUCACUUUUCUACGACGAGCUGAAGAACGGAAACGCAUCCUUGAUCCUCAUCGACACAAGGAUUGAAGACACGGGGACUUACACCUGCACACUUCCACAUUUGAGUUCUGGAAUCCAAAGCUCCACGGUGGAGCUCAUCGUCGGUGUCUCCAGAACGUACGUCAAGGAGGGGGAAGACGUCGUCCUUCACUGUUCUUCUGGAGACAAUCAGAGUCUCAAAGACUCACUGAUAAGUUGGAAGAACAUAAAUGGUAAAGAGUUGUUCCUCUAUGAGCUCAGACAUCACCCUUACGGCUGGUGCUGUCAGGAUGAGCAGUACAGAGGACGAGUGUCACUUUUCUACAACCAGCUGAAGAACGGAAACGCAUCCAUGAUCCUCAGAGACACGAGGAUUGAAGACACGGGGAUUUACAACUGUGACCUUCCAGGUUUGAGUUCUGGAAGGCAAAUAUUCGCGAUGGAGCUCAUCGUCGAACGGGUCCUCAGAAACAGAAUUGGACUUGAAAAAGGAGCCGUUCAGGCGCCAGUCCUCAAGAUGGUGAACGUGACAGAGGCCGGCGUGGAGCUCCAGUGUGUGGUCAGAGGUUCUUCAUCAAAGCCGAGUGUAGAGUGGCAGACGUGUGAAGGAACCUCUCUUAAUUCAGAGGAGCCACUGGUCUCUGAGACACGAGGCCGUUACGACACCACGCUCCUCGUCACUGUGAACGAGACGAAGACCAACUGCUUCCGCUGCGUGGUCAAACAGGAGGACAUUUACCACAGGAUUGACACUAACAUCAUUGUGUCAGAGAAACUCUUUGAGAAAAAGUCCUCCCACGAUACUCAGUCCUCCCACAGCACAGUUGUUCUCGUAGGCGUUGCUGCAGUUUUCACACUUGUGUUACUUCUGCUGGUUCUGGUUCUGUAUCUGAUCUUCACAAGACACAGAAUUCGACGGAACAUGGAGAGAAACAUACAGGACAUGAUAUUGGACAUCAUAUACAGUAACAUGACCUCAGAUCAAAACAUUGGAAACGGAAGCACUGACACCAAGAACAUGAGGAAUGACACAGUGAAGACAGAGGAGGAGACAGAGAAGGAGACAGAGGAGGAGACAGAGGAGGAGACAGAGAAGGGGAGACAGG